UUCGUACAAUUCAAUCAUUGUCUGUAAAAUGGUGCCAUCUUGUGGCAUACUGGUGAACAGCAAGUUAAUUGUGAUAUCAACCAACGACCGCUGGGGGGCGCCAUGGAGCUUUACUUAGGUAUGCUUGGAGGAGUGAGCGCCUAGCCCUCCAGCUAACUGUCAGAAGACAGCGUAGCUGCCCCGGCGACUCCUCAGAGUCAGACCCUAAAACACUGCCUUCUAGUACUACACCUAGUAACCACACAUGAAUAACUCACUCGGUCACAAAUCAAUCAGCACCGUUACGGUCGUAGAUUCAACUGAAAUGGCGUUUUAUUUCAGCCCGUAGAAGGUGUGUUUGUGCUGGCUGCGAUUAGCAGAUGGUCGUCCUCCCAACGAGCUCGAGAGGAGACAGUAUUUGACAGUUACCCGCUCAGGAGGCGUUGGUGUGGCGCACGUCGACAAAACAUCACGGCAUUUCAGAUCAGCACUGAAGCUGCGCCAGGCAGCCUGGAACGCCCUCUGUAAAUUCCUCCGGUCCAGAGGGGAGCAGCUGCCCUGCCAGUCAUGUCUCGUAGGAGUGCCCGUCUGGUGUCAGGUGGUUACUAUCAAUCAGAUGAAGACUCUGACUCCAGCAGCGUCACAACCAUCUCCUACCGCGAGAGCCCCCUCAGGGUGUUCAAGAAGAAGCCGGGGGGUACUCGCAAGGCGUCCACUCGUACCUCAAGCAGGGCCAAUAGCAACGUCAGCUCGGUCAGUACAGCUGAGCCGUCGGCCACAGAACGGACCAAUCAGGGACCAGAACAGUACCAAGGUCCGACCCCGGAGCCCGCCCAGGGCGGGUCCAGCAUCCAGGUGGUACUGUACAACCCCACGCCCGCACCUACCGCGCGGCCCGCCCUGACCCCCGCACGGGGCCGGAGCCGGACCCCCACCCCCUGCCCUGACGCUCCCCCGGAGAGCAGCCUACCGUCGGGGUCACUGGGGCCCUUCAGAGCCGGGGGCCUGCAGGGGUCGUACAGCCGGCUGCUGAACCAGGCCAGCGUGGACAGCUCUGGGUACUCGUCUGCCGAGGGACCUCACAGGAGACCCACCACCACCACCAGCCCCACCCACCCGGCCCCUCGUACCCCCAGCGGGGAACCAGCAUCUCCACCCGGAGGUACUGGUACCAGCAAAGCUCAUAGCAGCAGUAGCAGCUACAGCUAUUACACUGACAGAUUGCUCCGACCCGGCGUGAGGACGCUGAUCGGUGGCGUUCUGCUCCUGGCCCUCCUGUUCCUCUGCGUGUACUUCCUGGUUCCUCUGCUGGUCUCUCUCACCCUCCACCCCACCACUACCAAGGCCACUGGGCCCGGGCUGACCACCAUCACAACACCACCCGUUUCCCUCACCACGCCUCCUCCCCCGGCUCUUUCUCCUUCUUCUCCUCCUCAUCACCAAGCUACUCCACCUCCUGCUUCCCCUCUUCAUCACCAAGCCACGGCUCCUCCUCCUCUUAAUCAUCCUGCUCCCCAGCCCUGCUCUGUUCCGCCAGCACCUGCUGCCCUGGAUCCUCUGCUGGUAUCUGCUGCUGUGGACCACAAGAUGCAGAAUGUUCUGGAGGAACUACUGCAGAAACAGGAGAACCUUCACUCUCUGGGGGAGGCCAGGCUCCGGGCAGAGCUGCAGGUGCUGAGGGCCAGGCUGGAGGAGCUGGGCACCGCGGGCCAGCAGAGCCUGGAGGCGGAGGUGGACCGGCUGAGCCGGCUGCUGGCCCGCCACCAGGCCGACGCCGACGGCGCCCGCACUGCGAUGGCGCUCAGGGUCCGGGCCCUGGAGACCACCAACACACAGCUGAGCGAGGAGCUGUCCUCCAUCCAGAAGAGGCCCGCCCCGGCCCCCUGCCCCGUGCCAGAGCCCCCGGCCCCCCAGGACCAGAGCCUGCUCAGCCCGCAGCUACAGCACGCCCUGGAGGAGUGGCUCGCUGACAGGAUCCAGGAGCACGAGCUCAGUGCUAGCGGCAGCUGUACUGACUGUAACCGGCCGAUGGCCGACAAGAUGGCCGACUUUGCUCUGGAGUCCCAAGGUGCCAGUGUGGUGAGCACCCGGUGUUCAGAGACCUACAGCAUCGGCACGGCGUGCGUCACCCUCUUCGGCUUCCCCCUGUGGUACCCAUCAGAGAGCCCCCGCACUGUUAUACAGGGCUACGCCGUGCUGCUCCCCGGGAGGUGCUGGGCCUUCCGUGGCGUGCAGGGCACCCUGGUCCUGGCUCUCUCCCACCCCGUCGCCAUCUCCCACGUCACCCUGGACCACCUGCCCCGCUACAGCGCGCCCACGGGACGCAUCGACUCUGCUCCCCGCGACUUCCAGGUCUACGGCAUGCAGGACACCCUGGAUGAGGCCACUCUGCUGGGGAACUUCACCUACGACCAGGAGGGCGAGUCCGCGCAGACCUUCACCAUACCCGAGUCUAGCAGCAUGGCCUACCGCCACGUGGAGCUGAGGGUGCUCAGUAACUGGGGUCACAUGACCUACACGUGUAUCUACCGCUUCCGGGUUCACGGCAAGAUGGCCGACGCAUAACCAGAGGUCCGGUGUACUGCUGGCGGCUACACAGCCCGUUUGUCAUGUCACAGUGGAUCUUUUUAAAAGAGCCUCAAUUCAAUACAAAUAAUAACCAUAAAAAUAUUGAAUACCGGUUUGAUACUAGUGUUUGGGAGUUUUUCCGAAAGUUCUUUCAAGAGGCUAUUGCUAAGAGGCGGAUAAUGAUCAAAUAUUUAUAUAUUUUGAGGUAACGAGCUGGCUGGCGGUGCAGAUUCGUUUAACGUCUUUAAAAUCAUGUCAGCUGACCAUACACUGUGCUGGGUGGGCAGUGAGUUUACAACAUGCUGUAUGAUUACCUAUUGUUUCAGUGAUACGAGGCUACUUUUACAAUAGACAUGUGAGCGCCUCUCCUACUUUGCAGUAUUCCUUCAGAAGAACCAUACUCUUUACCUGCUCUGAGCUGACUCGUGGAAUGAGUUCUUCAUUACAGAGAAUACUGCUACUUUUGCAUGUUGUGGAAAAUCACGGUGUGCAACAUGCAAGUUUCGGCAGUAGAGACCCGAAAUAUUGGACUUUGGACGUUGUUCCCAAAGCAAAUCCUGGAAAAAGUAAUUGAUGCAGCAGUCCACGAUUUUUUCUCAGCACACUUAUAAAGCAAAUAAUGUUAUAUUUGAAAAUAUCUUUACGUGACGUUCCGCUUUAACUCACAGUUGAAGUAAAUCAAUUUGUUGUCAGCCACAUUCUCAAAGAAAGUGCCCAGAAUUAAAUUACGCUAAGCUCACGUUCACAAACGAGUGUAGACAGUAAGUAAAAUAUGAUUUGUUCUCAUGUUUAUUGAACAAAACGAUUCGGUAAUAAUAAUAAACACUUGUGGCUCGAAGACGACUCAGGCCUCAUUCACCGGUGGCUACUCUAGCUGGAUGGUGAAAGGCUCACUUAUAGAACCAAGAUGGCCUGGAACCAAGAUACCCACUGGGUAAAUACGGCCCAUUAGGGGAUGUCAGGUCAUUUAAAUCUGAUUUACCUCAUCUACUUUACCUCUUCAUGUAAUGCAUGUGUUGAUAUUCGUUCUAUCUUAUAAGACAAUGGAGUUCAAAUCGGCGCCUUUAAAGAAGCAAGCAAGUCAUAUGAUUUAAUUUCAUAUUUCACAAAUAUCCGAUGCAGUUUCAACUGCCCAAUUCCAAGGUUUAUCGUCUGUAUAUACCGUAUACAUUUAUUUAAUAAUUAUAUAUUUUUUGAAAAUAGGACUACAAUACAUUAGGCCUACAUAGAUGGUAUGAUGACCUUUAUAUAUGUAAACGAUUGGUGUAAUAAUUAUUUCAAUGGAUGGGAUAACAUUCCUUAUGAAACUAAAUCAACUUAAAUUAUUAUCUAAAUAACAAUUUAGAUUAAAACAUUCAGGGUUUUCUAAAGAUGUUGAGCUAAAAAUUGUAUAAUUACCUAAGUUAUGUUGUAUUUAGCUCUGCAUUCUUGCUGGAAUACUUGAAUUAGUGUUCCCUAACCUCUUAUACAAAAUAUUCUGUCAUGGUGAAUAUGGCAUGUAAUGGUACUCUUUCUUAGGAACAGAAGCUUUCUCUUAAUAGCUUUGCACUGCAGACUCUAAGUGAGUAAGAACACCAGUCGAUUUAAAGUUCUAUGUUUUUCAGAUUUAAAAGAACUGCUAUUCAGGGUCACACCUGUUAUUCCACAUUCAGCAAAUUUUGUAAUAUGCAUUUUUGGGAUAAAAAAUAUUCAAUUGAGAAUUUUUUCUGAGCUAACAGUUUUAAAUAUCAAUGAUUCUCUGAUGGUUAAUCAAAGAUUUGUGAAUGUUGCCAAAAAUUCGUACAAAUGUGAUGAAUAAAUAUCACUUUUUGAAUACCUCAGCUGGUGUCUCUUGUUAUAAUCUAUACUGAGUCUAGAAAUAUUUCCCAGGUCCAUAUACACUCGGAUAUAGAAUGAGCUGUACCAUUAUCUGGUGACCAUAGGGGAGGAACAUAGAAUGACCUGUACCAUUAUCUGGUGACCAUAGGGGAGGAACAUAGAAUGAGCUGUACCAUUAUCUGGUGACCAUAGGGGAGGAACAUAGAAUGACCUGUACCAUUAUCUGGUGACCAUAGGGGAGGAACAUAGAAUGAGCUGUACCAUUAUCUGGUGACCAUAGGGGAGGAACAUAGAAUGAGAUGUACCAUUAUCUGGUGACCAUAGGGGAGGAACAUAGACUGAGCUGUACCAUUAUCUGGUGACCAUAGGGGAGGAACAUAGAAUGACCUGUACCAUUAUCUGGUGACCAUAGGGGAGGAACAUAGAAUGAGCUGUACCAUUAUCUGGUGACCAUAGGGGAGGAACAUAGAAUGAGAUGUACCAUUAUCUGGUGACCAUAGGGGAGAAGAAACAUCUCUGCUGCCAGUCUAGAUGCUUUCCUGGAGAAGCACGUUCUUCUGAUAUGAUGAAGACAACCGAGAAAUAAGGAAGCCACAGCAUUAACCACAAUGGAGAGAGAGAGAGAAAGAUAACACCUGAUUGUUUACCUCAGCCAGAGGAGGAAAGAUUGGAAGUAUGGUGGCCACUGAUAAAACAGUUCCUACAGCAGCUGCUGGUGUCAGUUUACACACAUCUCAGGAGAUGUGUGUCUUUCAAAGGUCCAAUUACCAGUCACAUCGAUGGACAAAAAGGUGGAAUUAUGACUUCCAAUUUCAUUAAGAGCAUGACAGUAAUAGUUUCCUCCAAGCUUAGACGUGAUAUCAGUGAUGGGGUAGUACUGUCCUGAUUCCUCGACUAUUCCUUGAACCAGGUGUUCUUUGGCUAUGAGGAUUGCAUCACUGCCUAACCUCACCAGAGGGACGACCUGGAGAUGUAAUGUCAAAGGUCAAAUGUUGUUGCCUGUUGUA